AUGGCUGAAUUCUCAGAAAAUUUGCAACUUCAAAGCAUUAGACCCUCUUCUUUUCCAUUCUUAGACAUUGAUCCAAGCAUGGAACUCAUAAACCAAUUCAUUGGGAUCAACCAACAUGUCAUAGACAACUCAAACUUGACUAUGCACAACUUGAUGCCAUUUUCCUGUGACACCUUCUUGGGCCCUCAAGAACCUGAGUUUCCGGGAAACUUGGAGGAAAAUUUCCCUGCCCUUGUUCAUCAUGUCAACCACAAUGCACUUCCUGUUUCCCUCCCCAUUUUCCAAGCAGAAAAUGAGAUCCACGAAGGUAAAAAGAGGAAAUCGGUGGAUCUUCCAGAGACCAGUUCAGCUAACUCAACUCCUGCAGUUUCUGAGACUGGAAGCAAGAUAAAACAAAGUUCUGGAAAAGGAAAGAGAGCAAAAAGCAAUGUGACAGAAGAAGAGAAAGCAAAGGAAGUGGUCCAUGUGAGAGCCAGAAGAGGUCAAGCUACCGAUAGUCACAGUUUAGCAGAAAGGGUGAGAAGAGGGAAAAUCAAUGAGAAAUUAAGGUGCUUACAGAAUAUUGUUCCAGGAUGUUACAAGACCAUGGGUAUGGCAGUAAUGUUGGACGAAAUCAUAAACUAUGUGCAGUCCCUGCAGCAUCAAGUAGAGUUCCUUUCUCUGAAGCUUACUGCAGCAAGCACCUUUUAUGACUUCAAUUCCGAGACAGAUGCUUUAGAAACAAUGCAGAGAGCAAGAGCAUCAGAGGCAAAAGAGUUAGGGAGGUAUAAGAGAGAAGGGUAUGGAGGAGUUUCUUGCUUUCAACCAAGUUGGCCACUUUGACUUCAGUUUUGGACGUUUUAACUCAGCAGCCAUACAAGACAUGAGAUCACACUUCAUCUGCUCUUUUACUUUUACUUUCUACAAAGAUCAAUUUGUUUCCACUCUGUGCUGCUUGCACAAGUGGACAUUCUUGCUUGUACAAUCCUUCAGACAUGUGUAGAAAUCAAAUGGAAGUUAAUAAAAAGAAAAAAGCCCACAUUUCAUAUAUAUUUUUUAUCUGUGGAAUGGUGUGGUGGGUUGCAGUA